UCUAGUGGAUCUUUUGCGGGCCAGGAGUGCUGUCUGCUAGCUGCUUUUCCUGCUCUUUCUCCCGGGAGGCGAAUCCUUGAGCCCGAGAUGGCAGCCACCCUGCUCAUGGCUGGGUCCCAGGCACCAGUGACAUUUGAAGAUAUGGCCAUGUACCUCACUCGGGAAGAAUGGAGACCUCUGGACCCUACACAAAGGGACCUUUACAGGGAUGUGAUGCAGGAGAAUUAUGGAAAUGUUGUCUCAUUAGAUUUUGAGAUCCGGAGUGAGAACGAGGUGAAUCCAAAGCAAGAGAUUAGUGAAGAUGUGGAACUUGGGACUGCAUCUGAAAGACCUGUUGGGAAUACUGAGGAAAAUCCUGAAAGUGAAGAGGCCUUUGAAAGCAGGGAUAGAUCAGAAAGACAGUGGGGAGAUUUAACAGCAGAAGAGUGGGUAAGCUAUCCUCUCCAACAAGUCACAGAUCUGCUUGUCCACAAAGAAAUUCACACAGGUAUUCAAUAUCAUAUAUGUUCUCAUUGUGGAAAGGCCUUCAGUCAGAUCUCAGACCUUAAUCGACAUCAGAAAACCCACACUGGAGACAGACCCUAUAAGUGUUAUGAAUGUGGAAAGGGCUUUAGUCGGAGCUCACACCUUAUUCAGCAUCAAAGGACACACACUGGAGAGAGACCCUAUGACUGUAAUGAGUGUGGGAAAAGUUUUGGAAGAAGCUCUCAUCUUAUCCAGCAUCAAACAAUCCAUACUGGAGAAAAGCCCCACAAAUGUAACGAAUGUGGGAAAAGUUUCUGCCGGCUAUCUCACCUAAUCCAACAUCAAAGGACCCACAGUGGGGAGAAACCCUAUGAGUGUGAGGAGUGUGGGAAAAGCUUCAGCCGGAGCUCUCACCUAGCUCAACACCAGAGGACCCACACAGGUGAGAAGCCUUAUGAGUGUAAUGAAUGUGGGCGAGGCUUCAGUGAGAGAUCUGAUCUCAUCAAACACUAUCGAGUCCACACAGGAGAGAGGCCCUACAAGUGUGAUGAGUGUGGGAAGAACUUCAGUCAGAACUCUGACCUUGUGCGCCAUCGCAGAGCCCACACAGGAGAAAAGCCGUACCACUGUAAUGAAUGUGGAGAGAAUUUCAGCCGCAUCUCACACUUGGUUCAGCACCAGAGAACCCACACUGGGGAAAAACCGUAUGAAUGUAACGCUUGUGGGAAAAGCUUCAGCCGUAGUUCUCAUCUCAUCACACACCAGAAAAUUCACACUGGAGAGAAGCCCUAUGAGUGCAAUGAGUGUUGGCGAAGCUUUGGUGAAAGGUCAGAUCUAAUUAAACACCAGAGAACCCACACAGGAGAGAAGCCUUAUGAAUGUGUGCAGUGUGGAAAAGGUUUCACCCAGAGCUCAAACCUCAUCACACAUCAGAGAGUGCACACAGGAGAGAAGCCUUACGAAUGUACUGAAUGCGAGAAGAGUUUCAGCCGGAGCUCAGCUCUUAUUAAACAUAAGAGAGUUCACACUGACUAAGUCCUAUAAGUCCUAUAAUUAUGACUGAUAAACCAUUCAUUUGAAGGUACAAUUUUAUUUGAUAUCCAAGAGCUCUUUUAAGACUGAAUUUCUUAUACUAUACCGAAUUUUCUUGUUGUAGGCCACGGUUUAAAACAUCAAAGAAGACAAGCCAUUUGAAAUUCUGACCCAUGGCUUUGGGGAUAUUAUUCCCUCUCCAAAACAGUGAUUUUUAUUCACUCAAUAUUAAUGAAGUACUUCAUUGAAAUCAGCCCCACGAGUAACUGGAACUCUGAAGUCUAGAUAAUAAAUGCUGGUAAAUGCU